AUGAGCGAAUCAAAACCAAUAGAAUCUGAAGAGAUGAAUAAAAUAACAAGCGUUGCUGAGAGAGUUGUUUCUGCACAAAGUUCUAGUCAGUUAAAAGAAAUAUUAGAAACUAGUAAAAGUGAAGAAAAUAUAAUAACAGAAUUAAACAACAAAUGUAGAAGGAAAGUAAUAACGUACUUGGCAAUUUUUGUAUUUAUAACAUCAUAUAUUACAUUAUAUUUACUUGUUCAAAUAAGUAAAAGGUCUAGUUUAAUAGGGAAACAAUUACCAAUCCAAAUUGAUGAUAAUUCAGAAACAAUAAGUAUUAACGAAUUAAAUUAA